GCCUCCAACAAUGGCUGAGCUUUCUACGAGCUUUAAUGUUGACAAAAUGGCACGCUUUCCUGGAUUACCUCUAGCAACAACACAUGCAGCGGCUAAUAACGUAAGUAAUGAGGGAUUAGGGAAGAAUCUGUUAUUUGAGCAAACGUAUACCUCUUUACAGGGAAAUGGAGAGGUCCAGGAAGGCCGUAUAGAGACGAAAAAUGAGGCAUAUUCUAAUAGUCAGUUGACACUAAGAGCUUUGGUAUCAACGAAAGAGGCGGGGAUUAUUAUUGGAAGACAAGGGAAAAAUGUAGCGGAACUGAGGGGGGUAAAUGGGAUUAAAGCAGGUGUAAGCAAGGUAGUUCCUAAUAUAUAUGACCGAGUAUUGACGAUAUCUGGUACUCUGGAAGGAGUGAGUAAGGCGUAUGGAACGAUUGCACAAUCGUUUAUUAAUAAUCCUAUUGGACAUUCGAAUCAUCAUUUGACGUCUUCAUCGACAUCGGAGCCUCAGUCGUCAAUCCGACUUUUAGUAUCUCAUAAUAUGAUGGGGACGAUUAUUGGAAGACAAGGGCUUAAGAUUAAGCAUAUCCAGGAUAUUUCGGGGGCGAGAAUGAUUGCUUUUAAGGAUAUUUUGCCUCAGUCUACGGAGCGUAUUGUAGAAGUUCAAGGAGUUGUAUCAUCGAUUCAAAGUGCUAUAUGGGAGAUUGGAAAGUGUUUAAUUGAUGAUUGGGAACGAGGUAUUGGGACAGUAUUUUAUAAUCCGUCUGUUAGAUUGUCGUCUACAUCUAGCAUUCUUCCGGGACAUCAAAGUAAUAGUAUUUUUUCGGGACCGCAAUCAGGUCAUUUUCUUCAAUAUCAACGUCAAGGAUCUCAUUUGAGUUAUUCUCGUCUUUCGAGUUUAGCCUCUCAUUUUCAAGAGCCAUUGGAUGCAUCAAGUCAAGAUAUUCGUGUGCAGAAUAUUUCAAUUCCUUCUGAUAUGGUAGGAUGUAUUAUUGGUCGUGGCGGUAGCAAAAUCAGUGAGAUUAGGCGAAUAAGUGGAAGCAAAAUUAGCAUUGCAAAAGCACCUCAUGAUGAGACAGGCGAACGUAUGUUUACCAUUCAGGGAACGUCUUCUUCCAAUGAAAAGGCUCUUUAUUUGCUUUUUCAAACAUUAGAAACCGAAAAAAAUCGACGUGGUCAAGAAAAUCUUAAGUAAUUUAUUUUCACAUCAAUUUUACAUGAUAUUUCUUAAAUAUAGGUG